CACAGCCUCUUUCCGCAUACAUCAGUCUCCUCUUAUCGCUAAUGGUCCUAUGUGAAGUUAUAUUACAUUAAAAGCGUCCAUUCUGGCAACGCAGGUAGAGGAAGAUCUUCUCAUAGUUACUCAUUUGGUGAGUCCGAUCGAUUCGCUGCUAUGGAGGUGAACGGCACAGUCAACAUUCUGUCCUCAGCAUUUCUGGCUGUGGAAUUUGUGGAUUCAGUUCUGCCUGAAAAUCCACUGCAGGAACCUCUAAAGCACACAUGGAAUCAUAUGCUGCAGAACUACAGCAAAUUCCAGAUCGCCACCUGGGGCUCCCUCAUCGUCCAUGAACUCAUCUAUUUCCUGUUCUGUUUGCCUGGCUUUAUCUUUCAGUUCCUCCCUUUCAUGCAAAAGUACAAGAUCCAACCAGAUAAACCAGAGACAUGGGAGAAACAGUGGAAGUGCUUUAAAAUGCUGCUGUUUAAUCACUUCUGUAUCCAGCUACCACUUAUCUGUGGAACAUAUUACUUUACUGAGUUCUUCAACAUCCCCUAUGACUGGGACUCUAUGCCUCGCUGGCCUUAUUUAUUGGCUCAAUGUUUUGGCUGUGCAGUGAUUGAGGACACAUGGCAUUACUUCCUCCACCGAGCCCUACAUCACCGCAGAAUCUACAAGUACAUUCAUAAAGUCCAUCACGACUUCACCUCUCCAUUUGGCAUGCAGGCAGAGUAUGCCCAUCCUGCUGAGACUCUGAUUCUAGGGGCAGGGUUCUUCAUUGGCAUCAUGGUCUUCUGUAAUCAUGUUAUUUUGCUCUGGGCUUGGGUCACUUUCCGUCUGCUUGAAACCAUUGAUGUUCACAGUGGUUAUGACAUUCCUCUGAACCCGCUACAUUUGAUUCCGUUCUACGCUGGAGCUCGUUUCCAUGACUUCCACCACAUGAAUUUUGUUGGCAAUUAUGGAUCUACAUUCACCUGGUGGGACAGACUCUUCGACACUGAUGCCCAGUUUUACAAACAUUACACACAAAAAGCAGUGAAGAGUGAUUAAUUGGAAGAUGCUCUCACUAACAUACUAUGAUGUUUCAUCGGCAUCGAUCUCUCAUGUACUCCUGUGUGGACUCUGGUUCUUCUGAUGCUUUUGCAUUACCUCUUCCUACCCACAAACACAAACAUGUAAACUAACAGUAGGGCUAAGUAUUUAAAUUGGACUGAAGGGAAUCAGAUCAAUCAAUGCCAGCUUCUUAAAUCAAUGUGCCUUUUAAAAGGGAAUGCCAUACACACCAUUAGACCAUUGGUCACAGUUAUCCUGAGGACUGUUAUGAAUUAUAGAAAAACUUGCAGUGUGUGUUCUGUGGUCUCAACAAUUACUGUAAACUUUCCUCUCUUUUAAGUAAUGAUGACCCCAUUCUUCAAAAGCACUUUAAUUUCACCUAAACAAAGACGUUGCUUCUUAAAAGAAGUUAUUUUUGUAAUGCCUUUUUUGUUGCCUUUUCAGAUUUUUGCUGAGAAUAAAUCAAGCAGCGUUCCUGUAAAAGAUUUUAAAGCUCUCCUUAGUAACCACCCAAAGCAUAGACAUUUUUUAUUUGUUUUUAGGUAAAGAAAAAUUGGACCCACUUUGUAUUAGGUGUCUUUAACUACUGUGUACUUCAGCAUUUGAUACAAUGUAAUUAUUAUAUAAAUAUGUCUUGUUGCAUUGUACUUACAUUUAAAGUACCUGCAUUUAAUUACAAAUGUAGUGGCACUGUCCAUCUUACCCCUAAACUAACCGUUACCCCUAAAAUAAACCCUACUCCUAAACCUUCCUGUACCUCAACAUCAGUAGCAGCAAAUAUGAAUUUUAUGAGAAUUUUGCAGAACAACAUGUAGUUACACAAUAAAUACAUUGUAUUGUAUGUAUAUUUUAAUGCUUGUACAUAUUAGUUAAAGACAACUAAUAUAAAGUGGGACCAACACAUUUCAAGUGUUUUCUGGUUCCUAAUGGAGAAAGCCAAUUCAAAUGUUUUAAAAUUGUUAAUUUGAAGGCAAGUUGAUGGAUUAAAGAAUUACCA